GUCAAACGUUGAACCGGAGCGCCAUGCGACUAUUUUAUGUGUUCUACAUAUUGUUGUACUAUAAUGUUGGAUUUGUUGGCUCUGCGGAUAGUGAUAUUCUAGGCAUUUCGAGUUCAUCGUGUCGGUUUGAGCUCCACACCAGUCUGUUGCCAUGGGGCAAGGCGUACCAGGCCUGUAAACACCGUGGUCUCACACUGGCGAGCUUCGGGGACAAAACGGAUCUCGUCUCCGUGAAGAGCUUCAUCGAACACGCCAAUGGCGUAUAUACAUCAGAGUUUGGCUGGCUGCCAAGCAGAAAAUAUUGGGUUGGUCUACACAUGGAGUCCAGCGUCGGCGGAUCAUCCGAGUUUCAUUGGGGAGAUUGUGUGCCCAGAGCAGACAUUACCAGCAGAUUCGACAGUCUGUUGGGCUACCCUGUGGCCACCGCCUGUGGGUACAUCAGUCUCGACUUCCUCAGUCUAACGGCGUGCUCCUCUGCAGUGUCCCUUGGGUUUAUUUGUGAAAACCCGAGCGGCGAAGACUCCUGUUUCACAACGAUGUCCACCACUGUCUAUGCAAUGGGUUACGAAUUCAAAACCGCGCUGACGUCAUCUGAUUGUGCUUCGCACUGCCUUACGUCAUCAAGUUGCGGAGCAGUCUACGUUACGGCGGGGAGUUCCUGCUCCAUGUUGCAGUAUAAUACUGGAUUACCUAGCAGACUGUCGGCAUCUCAUCUAGCGUACACUCACCUUUACCACAGAAGAUUUCUAAAUAACGACCCGUACAGUUUACCGUUCAAAGCCGGAUUGACCGAGGACGAGUUGUGCAGUGAACCGAUUGGUUCACCAAUCACAACUAAGGCAAUUGGUGACGUCACAACUACACUAGAAAUUAACCCAACAACAACAAAAGAAGCCACAACAAAGCAGAUACUUGAAGAAACAACAACUGAUGACGUCACCACACCACCAACAACAGAAGACACAACAACUGAUGACGUCACAACACAAACAACCGAAGACACAACAACUGAAGACAUCACAACAAAGACAACAGAAGACACAACAAUUCAAGACGCCACAACACAAACAACUGAAGACUCAACAACUCAUGAUGUUACGACUCCAACAACAGAAGACACAACAACUGAAGUCAUUACAACAAAGACAACACAAGACACAACAAUUCAAGAAGUUACGACACAUACAACUCGUAAAAUCACAACAACUGCAGACGUCACAACACAGACAACAGAAGACAUAACAACUGAUGAUGUCACAACACAAACUACACAAGACACAACAACUGAUGACGUCACAAUGAAACCAGUUAGUGAAUUAUCAACCCCUAAACAAAUACCGGUGUCUAACUUUUCAUCAUGUGGUUGCACGUGUGUGAAGAAAAAUAUUACCAUCAACAAAAAAAUAGAAGAUAUGGUCUCAGAAUUAAAAGUAGACCCUUCAGUUCUUUCUUCGACUGUACGGAAAAAAAUGUGUGCUGAGGAUCCACGGCCGAGUGCCAGGAACAUGGGAAUUCUGGGAAUUGUGUUAGUUUCUGUUAUGGUUGGAUUAAUAAUAUCUAUGGAUGUUAUGCGGUUCUUCCAAAAUGUUGACAGACCUAAAGUAAUGAUAAAACCUUCUGAUAAAAAGAUCACACAGGCUACAUAGCUUUACGUAGCCAUAAUGAUACAUAAACUUAGCAAGAAGAACAUUUGUUCAUUCAGUACGUUUAAUUAAGACUACCUAGCCUUUCUAGAUAUCUAAAUUAGAAACAAGGCUAGCUGCUACGAUAUUGAAAGCAGCCCCGGUGUUCCCAAGGUUAGAUCAGGUUGGAUUUAGCUAGGGUGUUACUAAAUCGCGGAACGGAAAACAAAAACUUAUUGAUAUCUAGUUACCACCUGAUAUACGUGUAAACAAUAAGUUGAUAAUUCAUGUAUCUAAUAUUUAAUUAUAUAAUUAUUAACUAUAUAUUCAUGAUAAAACGCUAGAAAUUAUUUUAUAUCCGCGUACAGCACAUCUCGCGGAUUUUAAAAUUACAGCUUUUAUUCUUCGAAAAGAUCAGAAAAAAAAUGAAACUAGGAUAAAAGUGACGUUUAUGAUUUUGAAUACUCGCGAUUUAAUGGGAAAAGGUUGAAUCGCGGAAGUAAGAAUAUUAGCAUAAGAUAAGAAAUCUACACGUACAUGAUUGUAUAUCAUCUUAUAAAUAUGAUGGUCUGGUUUCCUCAGAUUUUACAUGGUUAAUUAGAAGAUCACAGUGACUAAAACCUGGCUGUUAUUACUGCUCUCCACACAUACAUCCUAUAUAAACAUGAAAGGCAUUUUUUGAUAAUGGCUUAUUCUGAAGUAAAUAAUAUACAGGCACAUUUCUGAUAAUACAUACCAGUACUAUGUUGUUCUAAAACAAUCACGGAUCUGAGCUAUUUAGAUUUUAUAAUUUGUCGGGGUCAAAUCGUAGCUCAAAUCGUGCGUGAUCACCUUCCAUGUCGAUCGUAAAGAAUCGCCAUCAUUAUUAUGCCCCAUCAAUCGCAACGGAGCACAUUUGUC